CUAGUGCGUCGCGUCAUCUAGGAAAAUGUUAAUAUAUAAAUCUGUGGAGGAUAUACUCAUAAAUAGGGACUAGGGAAAUCCAUACCGGUUAUAUAAGUAACUAUUAUAUGGAAAUGUGUCACUAACGGAACAUGUAAUAAGAUAUUGGAUGAAAUUCAUCUUUAAAAUGUGUCACUAACCGAACGUGCAAUAAGAUAUUGGAUCAAAUCAUCCAGGAAUAUUAAUCAGACUGAUAUAUUCAAAGUUAUUUUUGUUUGGAUAGAACAUUUAUAACUAUUUUGUAGGUAGAUAUUUUAAGUUUGACAUUAUGACUGGAUUUAUACUUUUAAAUUUCCGUUUAUGAAUAUAAUAGGUAUAGACAUAGAAUUAGUAGGUACUAACGGGGUACUUACUAAUUCCUCGAGCAAAACUCUAUUUAAAAAUAAAAUCGUCAACAACUUAACUGGCCAGAACAAAAAGAUAACUAUAUCCACGAAUAUUAAAAUGCUUAUUAUUAGUUUAAUUGAUAAUUUCUUUCAAAUCGAAGUGAAAAGUAGUACUUACGAGUAUAUAUACCUCGAUCGUAAAUCGACAUCUCACUCUCGCCUACUCUAAUAAACAUUUCGAUGAAAAUAUUUCGACGUACGAUCUUGAUAAUAAUUUGUCACUACAUACAUAUACAUCUUUACAAUCUUUAUUUCUAAGUUGAAUGAUUUCUAUCAUGAACUUUAAUUGAAACUUGCCCUCAUUUUAAGUAACUAGAAAGUUAAGAAAUGCUAUUCUUCCACAUUUGACAUUCACGUCGAAAAAAGCAUAAUGUCAUCUUGAUUUUAUUUAGAAAGAUAAAUAAAUAAUUGAUAAUAUCUAAAUAAAUAUAUGUAAAUACUAAAGAAACUUUUUGUUGGUAAAGUCUUACAAAAUUAUAUAAAUAUGGCUAACCUGGUUAUGGAAGAAAAGCAACUAUACGGUGCACUUACAGUGUACCGUGAACGCGGAGCCUACCUGCGGAGGCUCGAGCAGUUCGAGAAGGCGAAGGAUUCUUACGAUGAAGCUUUCAAGAGCACUCCUGACGACGUGCGGACGCUCACAGGGCGCAGCCAGGUGUGCGCGGACGCCGUGCAGCCCGUGCAAGCGUACGCGGACGCGGACAUGGCGCUCAAGCUGCAGCCCGCCAACAUGAACGCUCGCAACAUGCAAGCCCGCGCCAUGUACACCAUGUCGGACUUCGAGAGAUCUGUCGUCAUGAACUUCCGCGGUCUUAGGUCUCGUCGUCAACCACCAUAUUUCAUCGAAGGCAUUAAUCAAGGUUUAGAAACUAUUCAGGACUGCAUCGGAGUAAACGCUGGAAAUGUAAUGUUAGAUUUUUUACCAUUGAUAAAACAAGUAGAGGCUGCCCGUGUCGAUGACGGUGAACCGAUAAAAGUAUUGCAUAUUUCUCGCAUACCACAGCCGCUGAAGAAAAAAAAGUUAACGCAAAUGGAAGCCCGUAAGCAUUUGACUUUAGCUAGAGUUCUUGCAAUGAAAUAUCUCGGACCGAUGGCUUACGAUAAGUUUUUUCUGCAAGAGCUAACCGAAGAUAAGCGAAUACAUUCGGCUAACGCGGGAGGCAGCAUACAAUUAAAAGCUUUGGUAAAAGAAGCUCUACGUUCUCUGUCUGAGAGACAGGAAAUGUUACGUUCACAGAGACCUUAUUAUACUAUCAAAUUGUCUGAAAAAGCAGAUUCUAAGCACCAGAACAAAUAUAAAGAAGGUAUACUUAUUAAAGAACGUGAAAUUGGUGCUCGUACUUCUGAGCGUCUAUUGAAGGCAAUUGAGAAGUGCUUACGUGAAAACCGUAUCAUGGACUUGAUUGCCCAAGCGGAACGAAUGCAGAUAUUCCUCGAUAGUAAGACCCCCAGAACGUUGCCUGAUAAAGAAGUCUACACUGAUCGAUUGUAUCGAGCUGUCGGUGAAGGCUAUUUGGCACAGCAUCGUUUAUCCUAUACGCUCAGUGAGCGUGGGAACCGCCGCCGUAUUGCGUUCCUCAUGGGACUGCCCGUUGGUCGUCCUCAGUCAUUCGAUUCAGUUAUGGCAAAUUACCCAUACAAAUUCAUUGAUAUUAAGCAAGCUACUGAAAAAGUAGUGCUUACUCUCGAAAUGUGUGAGAAUGCAACAAUGAAGUGUUGGUUGCAGUACGAGCUCUCUCGUCUGUUAUGUACCCAGAAGAACUAUGCACUUGCUAAAUUCUAUGCCAAGAGAUGUCAACGCGAUGCUCAAGAGCUAGGUAAUACGACAUGGUGGCUGAACGGUUGUUUCGUUUUGAUGAGUGGCGACAUGCAACAAGGCAAUGCAAACGAAGUGCGCAUUCAAGUGGAAGAGGCUUACGAAUGGUCAAAGAAGAUGCAAGAUCCAGAAAGGGUCCAAGCGUUCCUGGCUAAGUGUGCUGAGAUGGCGGCUGAGACGGUGACGUCUGAUGAGCGCAAGGCGAUAGUGCAGCGCGAGAAGCAGAUAGUGGCCGUGCUGGAUGAUACGUUGAAGGUGGAAACAGAGGUGCUAUUCAAGAGGAUGUCGACAGUGCCGACCGGUCGCCGGUUCUCGGUGCUGCCGCGCAAGCCAGAGCCGGGUGAAGCCAGUAGGGUGGAGCGGCGCAAGCGUCGCCAGCGAGGCCUCACAAUCAUUCCCGGGCAGGAGAAAGCUCUUCCCGCGCCUCCCAAGUCCAAAGUAUUGGGCUUCCAAUUAUUCGACAUUUAAUUUUUUGCUUUCUUUAAAUACACGUCUAAUUUGUAUGUUCUUGUAAAAGAUAAUAAGUACUUAAUUCCAUAAACAUUUUUGAA